UGAGUGUGUGUGUUUGUGUUUGUGUGAGAGAGAGAAAGAGAGAGAAACCAUCACAGGAGUCAGUUCGCUAGAAAACGCUCGUGAAGGAUUCUUUAUCCUGUAUUCUAAUUUGUAUUGGAAUAAAGUGAGCUUUGCAAGUGCCAGGUUCGUGAAGAGUUCCACGAGAUUUACCGAAGACUGGAAACUUUUUAGUUGACUUCUCUUUUUUUUUCUACUCUCGAUGAUUUACCGUCCACUGUGCUGUGGCAGCCGGUGGAGCAGGUGAAGCGUUUCAGAGACCAACAGCCAAUAACUCAGCGGUGAAGUCUUCACAAAGGUGCUGGCAGGAUCACAGAACAACCCAUCCAAACUAAAUUCUGGUCUUUACAAGUAGCCAUGGCUGCCAACAACACCCCUAACGGUUGUGGCCCAAAUGUGGACUCCCUCUAUUACAACUUGUGUGACCUUAAUGCUGUGUGGGGCAUCGUACUGGAGGCCUUCGCGGCAGCUGGCAUUGUCUUCUCCAUUGUGCUUUUCAUCGCGCUGCUGGCCACCAUACCCUUUACGAAAGACAAGAACCGCAAGAUCUCUGUGGGCCUCCACGCCUGGUUCCUGGUCUUCACGAUGGGUCUCUUCUGCCUGACCUUCGCCUUCAUUGUAGGAAAGGAUUUUUCAACCUGCGCCUCCCGGAGGUUCCUCUUCGGGGUGUUGUUUGGCGGCUGCUUCGCCUGCCUCCUGAUGCAGAGCGUUAGGCUGAACAUCCUCGCCAGGCGGAACACUGGGCCCAGGGCUUGGGCCUUGUGUCUGGGGGCAGUGGCGUUGUGGCUGGUGGAGGUGGUCAUCAACACAGAGUGGCUCAUCAUCACAGUAGUGCGCCACCCACAGGGGCCACUCAACGACACAUUGGAAACCAGCAGAGCCACGGCUAUUCCUUGCAACAUCGCCAACGAGGACUUCGUCAUGGCGCUGAUCUACGUGAUGACCCUGAUCCUGGCUGUGGUGGUGGCAAGCCUGGCCAUCAUGGCGGGUAAACACAAUCAGUGGAAGAAAGACGGCGCCUUUAUCAUUCUAACCAGCCUGAUCUCCGUGGGGAUUUGGGUGGCUUGGAUCGUCAUGUACAUCUACGGGAAUGAGAGGAGAGGGGGGCCCACAUGGGAUGACCCCACCUUGGCCAUUGCCUUGGUGGCAAAUGGAUGGGCCUUCGUCAUCCUGUACUCCAUCCCUGACAUAUGCAGUUUGGCCAGUCAUGAUGACAGCCAGCAAACCUUCGGAGACGAUCUGUACCCCAACAGAGGAGUCGGCUACGAGACCAUUCUGAAGGAGCAGGGCUCCCAGAACAUGUUCAUGGAAAAUAAAGCUUUCUCUAUGGACGAGCCCAACCAAGGGUCCAAGCCUGUGUCUCCGUACAGCGGCUACACAGGUCAGGUGCGUGGGUCAGUGUACCAGCCCACUGAGCUGGCCAUUAUCAGCAAAGGAGGUGGAAUUCACCCUCCGGACGUGUCCUAUGACAUGAUCAUCCCCAGAGCUUCAGCCAGCUCUGCAGCCAACAGUGGGAGCAGCACCCCCUCGACCCGUGCUGAGAGCGGGAGCACUGCACACACAAACGGAAAUAGCGGAAAUGGUCUGCAGAGGACGUCCCAGUGGUGAACACUCCCAAUAACCCUUGAGAAUAACUUGAGUUCAUGUCUUUUAAUUUGUACCUGUUGGCUGUAUUUAUGCCAUUCUCCAUGGUUCCCUAAGCUGGUUCUAAGCGGAACCCUCAGCCCAAACAUGUGGCAAAAACGCUGCCUCAUCCCCACUGAUGGAAAACAGCUUAUAUUGACAGUUUUUUUCCCAUGAGCCACGGUGUCAGAAGUAUAGAGCUUCAUUUGAAAGUCAAAGCGAGGGGAUGAAGCAAAACAAAGACUUUUUGCAAUCGUCGCCUUUCACUGGGACUGGACUGUAAGCUCUCUGCUGGAGCCAAUCACACAGAUAAAGAGUGACGGGGCUGACGAUGCUAAUAUGAUAUCCACACACACACACACACACACACACACACACACACACACACACACACACACACACACACACACACACACACACACACACACACACACACACACACACACACACACACACACACACACACACACACACACACGCACACACACACACACACACACUUUAGGAAUGUCACUGUAGCAGCACCAGUAAAACCAUCUUCACUCAUAUUUAACAUAUUCUGCACAUGUGAGUUGACUUAUAGGAUCCAAUAUCUUUUUUUGAGCCUCUAUUUGUGAAUAUUGUUAAUAAGGACACAUAAAAUUGAGCUUCUGGUGUUGGAUUAAUGCAAAUAUGUUAUUAGUAUGUCAAUGAUACUACACUGCAUGAAAGCAUUGUAUGAAUAUGUGUAUUUAAUACUAUUUAUAGCACCGCUGUGUGCUAUCUAAUUAUUAUAGCUCACUUUAAUAAUCAAACAAUCAUGUCAAUAGAGAGCCAUAAACACGCCUGGGAUUAGCUUGUUUCACCUGCUUAUUAUGCUUAACGUAUUUUCAUAAAAACAUGAUAUUUUUAUCUCCAUAAAUAAAUCUAUCUAAUACAUUACAGUACAUACAGUUUGAGGACCUUCUCACAGAGAUAGUGGGUUAGCCUUUAAUAAACAUAUAGGUAGUUCUUAGCUACAGAAGUAUAAAAGCUCCAUGGGAUUUGUAGUUCUUGAAUGUUAUAUAUCCAAAAGCUUUAUCCAUACUCAUUUCCUGCUCACUAUAUGUAAUCCACAGAAUGGUGAGAUUUGUUAUACCCAUAUGGGACUCAAGUGGUCCUACAAUGCAUCAUAAGGAGUAGUGUACAAUCUAUGGUCCCUAACUUAAAGCUAACUAGCUUAAUGCAAGAGCUGCAAUGAUAAGUCUUGAAAUGAGUAAAUUCACAAAAUAAUUGCCAAAUGUUUUGAAAAGGAAUUAACCUUUAAAGUAAUUAUUUAUGCAAAAUUGUAGAAAAUGCUGUUUUCAGCCUCUCAAAUAUGGAGAUUUGCUGCUUUUUUAUUUUUGGACUGAUAAAACAAGACAUUACCUUGGAAUUUAGUCUUUACAAUCUCGGAGCGAUGGCUUCUCUGUGCUGACUUUUUUAUGGUUCCUUCACACUUUGUAAGAAGACACAAUUGUUGUUGAUGGGAAUGAUAUCACACAGGUGACGGACCUUCAGAUUUUUAAUUAUUGUAAUUGAUCCUAAUGUUGUGUUUUUCUACCAAAGCCACCAUGUGAAAUCUCUUCAAUAUACAUCAAAUAAAAUGUCACAUGUCAA